AUCUCAUAUAGCGAGCUAGUGACGCGAUGCAGCACGUAACUGGACAUGGUGCUCGCACUCGCGAUCGCGCAUCCCAUUCGAUAUCGCAUCCCUGGUUCUUUUUUCUACGAAUAUGUCCGACGUGUACAUUUUCAUGUUUGUUUUUAACAGAGAAAAUUGAGAUGAAAGAAUGAAACCGCAGCCACCCAUUUUUAAUUUUAUAAGGUCGAGGGUCAAGUGUUUUCAGAAAGAGAUGUCCAGGUCUAGUCUGCAGUCCAAUAUCUUGGUGUAAUUAUGGAACAAGCCAGCAAAAUUUAUGAAGAAUUGGAGGAUGCAGAUGAUGCAAUUCUUGGAGAAGAUGAAGUCUGUAAGCUUCAAUUAUCUGAAGAUGAUGCACUGCAAAAGAACCCACAAGAUGAUGAAUCAAAGCCAGGAGAGGAAGAGCAGAGGGAUUCUAAUGAAAUAGCAAGUGAUAGUAUUAGCCAUGUCGAAGAAACGUCUGGCCAGGAUGUACGUGCUAUUAGUAAUGAUGAUACUGCUGAAUCAACUUUUCCCAAGAAGGCCCCAGAGGUUGGACAAUCACAACCAGAGCUGGUGGCAGCGAUGGAUGUACCAGUUCCGGAUGUGGAGGACAAAGCAAAGGUCGAUGCUGAUCAAGAGUCAGGCGCAUUGGCAGGAAAUUCUCUGAAGCCUGAUUCCUGCAAUCAAGGGGGAAAGGAAGUGCAAGAAUCCUUGACAGAAGCUGCUCAAGAUUCAGUCAAAGAAUAUGAAGAGGAGGGACAGUCUGCUUCCUCUGAGCAAAGCCUAGAAAAAAAAGGAAUUACUGAAGAAACUUCAGAAAUUCCAGGGCUUAUAACAGAUGUGGGAGAUGGUGUGCAGGUUGGUGCUGACAAAGAUGCUACUGUACUUAGUGAAAGCGUUUCUCCUCCGUCUAGCUCACAAAAUCAAGGAGAGGAACCCUUGGCUACUUUAACAAUGGAUGAUCAAGGAUCGGGUGAGGGCCAUGAUGGGAUUGAUAAAGAUACACCCGGCGAGCAGGACAUGGCCAAAGGGGAUGGUCCUGAGGGAUCUUCUGCAGUGCAGAUGAUGUCUGAGCAGGAAGAGACGGACAUAUCUGCAAUGGAAGAAGUGGCAGAGAGAGGUGAUGAGGGCUGGUCUGAGGACAUCACUGGUGAUAACCCACCACUUGAUAGUCAACAACCUCUUGAAGCCUUUCUUCAGGAAACUACUGAACCUAUUGAAAGUGAGUUAGUAAGAGAAUCUGGUUUGGAUGCAGAAAUGGACACCUCUGAACCAUGUCCUGAUGGAGACAAAGAAACAGAUGUUGGUGAGAGAACAGUAGAGAUUCAAGAGGCCGGGGGAGAUGCACCAAGGGUAGAUAAUGUUGAAGGAUUUAAUGAUGAGACGGGUGAUGGAGGUCAGUUAGGAACCGAUUUGAAUGAGGAAGAUGAAAGAGUCCUGGAUCAGCAAAUAACUGAUGAUAUUGAGGGUGGUGGCAAUGUAGGGGAGGAGGGCAUGGAUCAUAAUGAGAAACCACUGACAACCCAAGAAGAGGAUCAGCUACUUUCAGAAGACACUCAAAAUGAGUCUACUCAGCCCCCAAGUCAGUGGGAAGAAAGCCUUGCAAAUCAAGAUGCAAAUCUAUCUUUUGAUGAACCUAUGGACACGAGUGAAGGUGAAGGGGGCACAGGGGCAACUACCAAGGAGUCAGAUGAUGGUAACGUAGGAAGUGCCAUGGAAAUGAGCGAUAACAUGAUAACUAGUAAUACUACCAUUUCGGAACUUGAGGAUAGCGGUCAUAACCAAGCGCUUCCUGCUGAGGGGUCUGCUCACGCCGAAAACAUCACGUCUGGUGCUGAAGCCCUUGUGAGAGUCGGUGAGUCUAACAGUGGAUCCAGUAUGCAAAUCAAGCAGGAAAUUUUGACUGAGGUCAUGACCGAAGUGCAGGCCAACACCGAGGCUGAACCUCUCCAAGCUGCUGAAGAUACUAGCACCACCAGCAACCCUGUCCUGGAGAAAGACCAAGAUGUGAAGCCUCCCAAGGCAGAACUUGACAGUGUCUUGGACCAGACCCAAUCCAAGCAGACAUCACUGGGGGAGGCAGAAAGUACCCCUGCUUCACAGGCAAAGAAGAGCAAGGGCUUCAGUAUCACAAGCAUUGUAGGAAGGCUCUUUGAUAAGAAGGAGGAGGAAGCUAGGAAAAGAAAAGAGACCUCUCCUGAAGAACCCCCUGACGAGAUUGCCAAUGUUUCCUUCAAGAUCUCCGGUGUCAAGUCCCUAGCUGCUCCUGAACAGGCAGCAAAGCAGCAGCAGAGACAAGAGAUGAGGCAGACCACCGCCUCACCUUUCGUCAUAGCCAAGGUCACCUCCCUGGCUACAGAGGUCGAGAAGUGCAGCAAGUGUAGCAAGCAGAUAGAAUCUGAGAAAUCGGCAUACAAAUGGCAGAAGGAACUCUUCUGUUCUUUCUCCUGCCUGGACACCACGAGGAUCACCUCCACCAAGACGGUCACCUGCGACUCCUGCACCGUAGUCCUGCACCCCAGGAUCAGGAACGUCCACUUUGCCAAGGUCGGCAAGGAGAUGCGCGAGUUCUGCUCCACCCGUUGCUCCAAGAACUCGGAGGAGUCGCCCAAGCUUUGCCCGGGGUGCGGCAAGGAUGUGUCCUCUUCGAGUAACCCGGUACUAGCUCAGACUGGAUCGGAGGGUAUCUUCUUUGAGUUCUGCACCCAGGACUGUGUCAACCAGUAUGAGGAAAGAAUCUUGGGCGAUACCAACAAGGAUCAUGAAAUCUCUGUCUUAAAACAAAUCAGGUCUACAUGUAAUGAGUGUGAAAAUCUUGCAGAGAUUCGUUAUGAAUUCAGCUUUCAUCAAGUGAAGAAGCUCUUCUGCUCUGAAGCCUGCUUCGAUGCCUUCCGUAUGAAGUACAACACGAAGAUCGAUCGAUGUGCCACUUGCAAGUGCAUGUGCUCCAAUGAUGCUAGUGCUGGCAUGACGAUGACCCUCGAUGGACAAACUUACCAAUUUUGUAGCGAAAAAUGUAAAGGCACCUUUGCCCAGCAUUGCACGUACUGUUCUGCUAAACGCCCCGUGAAAACGAUGCUCGAAGAUGGCGACUCCAAGAAAUAUUUCUGCGCUCUGGCUUGUAAAGACAGCUAUCAGAAGAAACAUGGUGGCGCACCUCCAGCAAGUAUCUUUGAAUGUUUGACAGGCAACACCAACGCAGCCAUGCCCCAACUAGCCCUACCUCCCAUGACGCCACUGAACAGCAUCCAUGUACCCUCAGCCACCAGUGAGGUACCCCAGUCCAUCACCUCCAACCAGCCGCCUCAGCAGCAGGCGCAGAAGCAACCCCUGCAGACGGUGGUCAACACAGCAGGACCGCAACCCUCCAAGUGCAACCACUGCCAGAAGGUGCAGCGCCCUCUCUACCACCUGACCAUGAGCGACCGCACCCUGCGCGACUUCUGCAGCUACAACUGCGUCAUCUCCUUCCAGUCCCAGUUCAACGUCCCGCCCGUCACCCUGCCCGAGGAGACGCUCCUCUUGAGGUGCCACAAGUGCCAGAGGGGGUUCAACUCUCGCCCCUUUGUCUUGGACUAUGAGGACAAGACUUCCCUCUUUUGCAGUGAGCUCUGUUUGGAAGAUUAUAAGAGGACCAACUGUGUCUUUGUGCAGUGUGAUCAGUGCCAUCAAGAAAAGAUUCUUUUUGAAAGGACACACUUCUCUGGGGAACCUAGGACCUUCUGCAGCCAAGGUUGUAUGCUGCUCUUCAAGCAAGAGAUCGUACAGACCCUGGGACUUCAGUGCAUCGUAUGCGACUACUGCGCCCAGAUGUGCAAGAAGGAGGUGUCCGAUACCAUUGGAGGGAUCAAGCGGCACUUCUGCCAAGAGGAGUGCAAGUCCAAAUACGAGCUAUGGUUCUACAAAGUGGCUAGGUGCGAUGGCUGCAAGAACACGGGUCGGCAGCUGACGGAGAAGUUCAUGUGGCGAGGUCACACAAAGCACGUUUGCAACCAGCAGUGCCUCUUACUCUUCUACACCCAACAGAACAUUCCCAAUGUUACCACUCAGCUACCACAACCCAUUCCUACAUCCACAGCUCAGCAUCAAACUCCUACCAUUGCGAAGGUCAUGUCACUUCUACCCAUUGAAAGGCUGAGUGCACCGCGCACCGUCGUGAAGGAAAACAAGAAGCUUUUCACCAACAAGCAGACACAGAUCACCACCAACACAGUCUACAUCAAGCCCCCGCCCCCUCCCCCGCCCAAUCUACCCUCGCCCCCCAAGAUGAUGCGGAACAAGAUCACCUCCUGCCGCCCCAUUCAGAUCACCAAGGCAACCAUGUGUCGACCAAUCGUGAAGGACAUGUGCGUCGGAACAGACUUCCCCAAGGUUCCUGCCAUAGUGCCGAUCCCCUUCCCCGUCUUCAUCCCGGUGCCUAUGCAGAUGUACACCAGCCACAUCCCGCACCCCCUUGCCGUCCCGAUCCCUGUCCCCGUCCCCAUGUUCAUCCCCGUGGCUGCGCGGGACUGCGACCGUCUCCUCAAGACCAUCCAGGAGAUCAAGGAUCGCAUCCCCUCAGACCCCCUGGAGGCGGAACUCUUCAUGAUGGCAGCGGCGGCCGCCAGCCCCCUGGAGGACGACGUGAGCGACCUCGGGACCUCGGAGCACGAUGGGACGGGAAAGAGGGGGAGUGUCAGUGAGAAGGAGGGAAGCAUAGGGAGUCUGGGGCAGAGGACCAGGGCGUCGCUCGUUGACCAGGCUAUGGUAGAAUGCGGACUGAUGGAUGAACCUAUGGAAGACAUGGGUGUGGAUGAGCUUCUUGCCAUCCUUUCUUCUCCAGAGGUCUCAGACGAAAUCCUUCUGCUGAACACUGGUCUAGAAGAUGAUGAUGAGAAAGAGAAUAAGGAGCUUCUAGCUGAGCUCACUCAAGGACUCGAUGCUUUAGGUCAUAUUCCGGAGUACGAAGCAGACCCUCCGCCUCCAGCGCCGAUCACAAAGAAGGUCACCAAGAUAACCCUCAAGAAGAAACCAAAGAGACGCAAGAGGGCGACAAAGCGGAAGAGGGCCUCUGCUCCUUCCCCUGCGCAACCCCCUGCCCCAGCGCCAGACUUGGACACGGGCCUCCGGCGCAGUAGCCGUGGUGCCAAGCGCACAAAAGUUUACAUUAGUGAAGAUAGCCAGGAUCAGGAGGAUGCUGAUGAUGUUGAGGAGGAGUAUGAACCAGAGAUCACAUCGUCAUCAGAAGAGGAGAUUGUUGAGAUGGUAGAUGAGGUCAUCGACCCUCAGGGUGCCGUACAGCAGGCCACCUUACCUCGAACAGACGACGCCUGGGUGACAGCAGGUCUCCUGGCGUACAAGCUCUUUGUCCUGGGUCUGAACGAAGGCGCAAAACCUGUCCUACAGAGGCUCAAACCAGACAUCCUGGAGUGUAGUCAAGACGUCAUCCAUCGUGGUCUGAUCCAGUUCGUCCGCGACGCCCGGCAACCAAACGGCCAACCCUACCCUCCGGAAACCCUCCUCCUCAUCUACAUCUCCAUCCAGCGACACCUCACCGACAACGGUCGCCUGGACAACUUCCUAGCCGGCCCCAACUACGAUCAGUUCCGGAAUUGCCUCCACAUGGCGCUUGCCCCGUGGGUUCCGACCGUGCACCCCACCACCGGUCUCCUCCUGAACUCCCGCAUCAACGAGGAGAUGAUGUGGGCCUCGCAGCAGUUGGGGGCGCACUCGCCGCACGUCCUGCUCAGUACCAUCUUCUUCUUCAACUGUCGAAACCUGAGGAUGAGGUCGGUGGCGGAACAUUCCAAGCUGGCUUUCUUUCGCAUGCAGAAGUUGGUGAAGAAGGCCCCGGUCCCCAGCGGGAAGGUCUCCCUUCUACGCUACUUUCCACCCAAGAAGAAGAAUGAGGCUGAGGCAGGGAAGAAGGGUGCUGUGCUGAACAUCGGAAACCGUAAGAAGAGGGAGUAUGAUGCAGAGACCCUUGAUCAAAGCGAGAACACUGAGAACCCACUCAGAUGCCCUGUCAAGCUCUAUGAAUUUUACCUCUCCAAAUGCCCUGAGAGCAUCAAGAUGCGCAACGAGAUCUUCUACCUCCUCCCGGAGCACUCCUGCAUCCCGGACAGCCCCGUCUGGUAUUCCGCCACCACGCUGCCCGACGAGGAGGUGGAGCGGAUGCUGCGGCGCUAUGGCAUGAUCCAGGAGGUCCAGGCAGGGUGGCAGCAGAAGAUGAAAGAAGAGGAGGAGGAGAGGGCAGCAGAGCGCGAACGAGAGAAGGAAGGAGCAGGUGAUGAAGGAGGAGACAGAGGUGGAGUGGACAAAGCCUCGGUUGAGGGGUCAUCGACGGAGCAAUCCACUGAUGAACAAACCAAAUGAUGAAAGAAGAGGAGGAGGAGCGGGCAGCAGAGCGUGAACGAGAGAAGGAAGGAGGAGGUGAUGAAGGAGACGGAGAUGGAGCAGACAAAGCCCUGGGUGAGGGGUCGUCUACGGAGCAAUCCACCGAUGAACAAACCAAAUGAAGAUGUCAUCAUCUGAACCAAAAGUCCCUGAAGUCUCGUUCCUCCAGAUUGGAAUACGUGUUUAUAACAAUUUCACAUCUCAAGACCGCUAUACCAAAUGUUAGCGUCAGAUCAAUACCUGUAAAGCCUUGUUGACGUAUGUGUCUGUAAAGUAUAAUACGCUUCACACUCCUUUAUCUACACAUAGAUAGUGAGCACAUGGGGUAG